AUGCACGGCGCGCCCGAUCAACAAGAGCAGCAUGUCGUUCAAUUGCAGACGCCUUCGUCUCUUGAGUCUGACUCGUCUCCGUAUGGCCUUCAAAAUUCGACUGUUCGUGGCCAGGCACCCUUUCGUUUUGUGGAGAACAGCCUAUGGAAUAGAGUGGUCGAAGAGUCUCUCGACCCUGACAACGACUUAGAAGACUCAAGCGAUAUUAGCGAGGAGGAGUCCACGACGGGUAACUCCGGUUUUGCUGUUAUCAGAUCCUCCCAUCGCAGCGACAAGCCUCGUCAUCCACCGCUCGAGCGCCUUAUUCAGCUUUGGGAGAUCUUCGUCAGUAACGUGGAUCCGUUGACUAAGGUGGUGCAUGUACCUAGUCUACGACCUAUGAUUGAAAAGACUGCCAAAAAUCUUGGGCUCAUACCGCGACCGCUCGAAGCUCUCAUGUUUGCUAUAUAUGGCUCCGCUAUCAUGUCAUUGGGCCAAGAGGAGUGUGAGCAACGUUUCGCCAAGUCGCGCAACCAUCUACUUUCUCAGUACAUCUCGGGGACAGAAGCGGCAUUGUCCAGAGCAAGAGUGAUGGAGACUUCCAAUCUUGUUGUUCUUCAAGCUUUGGUAAUACAUCUGAUCACCAUCCGCGAGAUCUAUGCGCCACGCGCGACCUGGACGCUCACCGGCGUCGCUGUUCGCAUCGCUCAAAGCAUGGGUCUUGAGCGCGAUGGUAAAUAUCUAGGAAUAUCUCCCUUCGAGACCGAGAUACGCCGCCGUAUCUGGUUCCAAUUGAAAGCCCAUGACUCUCGAGCAGCGGAGUUGUGUGGUCUCGCGAAGUACCGAGAUCCUGAUAUCGGCCCUGAGCGAGCUGAAUGGGCUACCAACCUCAACGACGAUCAGCUAUAUCCUGGUAUGUCUGAGCUACCCUCAGACUCCAAUGGACUAACGGAUGUUAUCUUCAUUGUAACAAGAUGUGAGAUGGGAAAGUUCGCGGCGCCACGCAUUGCAGCACUGCGGCAAGAGGGAAUGGACCCCAGGCAGAUGAACCUUGACCAUUCGGCAAAGAGCAAGACCGCCCGUGAAAGCUUAAUCCAAGAGCUCGAGGAUACUAUCGAAACGAAACAUCUUCGCUACUGUGACCCAUCUCAGCCUUUACAUCUUGUUGCAAUGGUUGUGGCUCGGUAUGGUCUCAAUGUAGCCCGCUUUCUGAUACAUCAUCCACGGAACUGGGGUACAUUGGAGAAAACACCGCUCGAGGAGCGCAAGAAGAUCUGGGAAGUUUGUAUCAAGCUUCUCGAGCAACAGAUCAUGCUGCAGACCAACCCGGUCAUCAAGCGCUUUGCGUGGAGUGCGUCCUACUUUCGGCAAUGGCAUGCUUUAAUACAUUUACUGGAUACUCUUCGCGCUCAUCCCAACUUGAUCGACACUGAUCGAGCUUGGCGACUCAUCGGCGAAACGUACGACAAUAAUCCGGAGAUGCUCGAGGACAUGAGAAGGCCCAUCCAUGCAGCUGUUGGCAACCUAUGUUUGAAGGCCUAUGACGAUCAUGAAGCAUUGAUGCGCUCGAAAGAUGGCCUUUUUCGUCCGCAACCUGCAUUCAUAGCACGUCUACGACAUCAACGCGAUGGCGCAAGGUUGCGGCGCCAGAAACGCACUGCAAACGGCGGACAUGCGGCUGCCUCUACUGAUCAAGCCGGGACUGACAUACACCGAAUCGACGGCAAUGCUAUGCCUGAUGACUUCAAUGGGCUGAUGGAUCCGAGCUCCUUUCAGACGCCAUUUGGACCUACGCAAAACACUGUGUUCGACAGCACUAAUCCUUUCGCCUUCUCCAACGACACCAACGGCACAAUUUUCGACAGCAUGGAUCUGGACGGCGCGCAUGAUUUUAUGGCCACCGACUACAUCAUGGAAGAUUCAUCACUAGAGUUUAUAGACUGGGGCAAGUUGGAUAAUUGGCUUGCUCAUGCUUCUUGA